AUGCCAGUUUCCAAUGCCACAUCCAGAACGCGUCAGAAUUUCCAGAAAGUUAUUGCCGCCUACUCUCUCUCUAUAUAUAUGAAGCCCUGUACAAGUGUUCCUGACUUCGUUUUGGGCGUUAAUAUACCUUCUGUACCUUUGGUGAUUGUUUUUGACGUGAACGCUAGCUUGGCAGGCUCAGACCGAGAACUAAGUUCCGCCAAAACGCCCUCACCCGGUAGACCAGGCUCUCCCACUUCUCCGUAUUCUCCUGGUUCGCCAACGUCUCCACGUUCGCCUUCUUCACCAAUCGGCCCCCUUGGUCCAGGAGGUCCUGUUGCCCCUGGUUCACCAGCAGCACCUCGGCUACCUGGAUCACCCUUAAAUGCAAUUGUAACAACUGAACUAUAA